AUGGGAUUGAAACAACCUCAACAUCAAGAAGAAAAGAAAAAGUCAGAGUUGGAUGUUGGUCUCUUUGAUCAAGUUGGUAAGCUUGUCACUAGCAGUGGUGGUGGGUCUCCAUCCUCUUCCAAAGAGAAUGUAGUCAUGUCUCCCUCAAAGACGACGAGCAGUUCAUCUUCUAAAACAUUCUCGUCGGCUACUGAUUUCCUCGAUGAUCUAAUUGACCAUUCACGUCAUUACUCAUCUCUGGAUUUGAGACAAUCAAACAUUCCAACAGCUGCUAUCGAUGAUUACACAGCCCGUCAAUCAAAUAUAAAAAAAUCAAUCAACAACAACAAUAAUAAUAAUAGUGGUAGUAGUAGUGGUGGUAAUGCUCAAGAUAAAGAGUUGGAUUCACUUUUAUCAGAUAUUGACUCUUUGGUAGUUGACCUAAGAGGCAUUGAAGAUGGAAUUAGAAAAUCAAUGAUGCUCGAGCAUCCAAUAGACCCACCCAAGUCUCCUCAAUUGAGUAUAUCAUCGUACCGACCAACCAUUGUCAAACAAACUCCUCUGUCACCACAGUCCAACAACAACAACAACAAGUUAAUGUCAUUCUCUGAUCCAUUGGCAACUCAAAAAGCGGGACAAGAUAAUAUCCAAUUGGUUGAUUCUACAUCAAUCUCUCCUGGAAAAAGAUUGUUGGUUUCAAGAGAUAGGUUGGUUAUUAGCGAGGAUCCUGAAAUCGUUCCAAUCAGUCAAGAAGAGGAUCAUCGUGACAGGUUGGACGAGUUGACAGAACUAGAUCAACUGAUUAAAAAGGACAAGGAGGAAGAUGCUCAACAAGGAGAGAGACUAUCUAGAAAACAAAAGUUGGAGAAGUCCAAGCUAUUCCACAUGGAACAAUUUGAAGAACUGGAAAAAUUACAACGUCAACGUCUAUCGAUGAGUGUUCAACAUCAAGAACAAGAACUACAACAAUCUCAACAACAAGAAGACAAGGAAAUUGAAGAACUUAGACAGGAACUUCAAGAUGUACAGAAUAUUACAAAUAAUAAUAAUAAUAAUGAUAAUAAUGAUAAUCAAGCAGAGAUUCAAGAUACAAAUAGUGACAACAACAAUGAUAUAGAGGAGGAGGAAGAGCAAACAACGACAACACCAAGAUCAUUGGAACAAGAUGAAGAGGAGGAAGAUCUUACAACAAACAGUAGUGGUAAUUCAUCAUCACAUUCAUCAACCACUACAACUCCAUCGACAUCACCAUUAAUAACUCCAUCCCAAACACCGGAUCAUUGUCCAGGUUCACCAAGUCUGACAUCAAGAGGUGGAUUGAGUUCAUCGGCAUCUGGAUGGAGAGUUGGUUCAGUGACAAGAAUGUCAAAUAUUUCACCCAAAACAUCACCUGUAUCAUCUGGACAAACUUCACCAACCGGGACACUCAAAAAUAGUAGUGAACUAAAAGAAAAGGCUUGGAGAAAAUCAAACGCAUGGGGACUCCACUCUCACAAUAGUACUGGCCAACAUAAUCAUCAUCAACAACCACAACAUCCACGUUCAUCAACCGAUCCAUCAUCCUAUUUCAAUAGACAAUCGGUUGUCAAUAUCAAACCAGUAGAUCCAAAUUCGGAUAUAUCUGGUCAAAAACACAGAUCCACAUUUCCUGGAGUUGUGUCAUUGCCAUCAACCUCGCCACCACCAAACGUCGUCGGAGGUACAUUUGCCACUGAAAAGAUUGUCAUUUCUAGUCCAAUACUAACAUCAAAGACCCCAUCAAACAGUGGUCAUCGUACUACUGUUGUAUUUGGAGAGCGAGGUUUAGAAUAUUUAAAUCAUCAAGAAUUAACAAGAUCAAAAUCAAAUUAUCAAAAACAUCAAAUUCAUUUAGAUAAUCCUUUAAAAAUUAAAAAGUUGAGGGAUUUAUUAAAAAAUUAUAAUUCAAAAAUUAUUGCAUUAAUUAACAAGAUAUCAAAGGAGAGGGAUGAUUGGGAGGAUUUAAAAUCAUCAUUCCUUUCAAAGUAUGAAAGAAGGUGUAGAUUCUUUAGAGAGGAUUGUCAAAUCGAUGUAUUAAAGUCAUUCAGAGACUAUUACUCGAUUAAAAUAUUUAUAAUCGAUCUUCAAAUCUCAAUAUCUGACGAUAGAAUGAGUAAUUUGAAACAAAAGUUGGUAGAUAUUAGUUAUUUGGCUCGUUUAGUAGAUGAUGAUGUUGCAAGAAAAGCUUCUGUCAUUUAUUCAACCUUUUUCGCAAAAACUCUAGAUUUAUUAAAUAAUGGAAAUGUUUCUUUAAAAUUAAUUAAAUUAAAGAAAUUGACAGAAUAUGAAAAAAAGGUUAGAAAUAAUUAUAAAAAUGCACAUUUGAACUAUACAAGUGAAAAUGUUGAAAAGAGAGAACGAAAACUACGAGAGAUAUUUAGUAAUGCCAAACAGAGUCUAGACUUUAAAUCUUAUUAUCCAUGGGAUGAUAAUUUGACCAUACAAAGCGACUAUGAUAAAUGGUUGAUGGAUAGUCGUUUCAUGGAGGGACGACAAGUCAAUCAACUUAUCAAUGUCAUUUCAGAGGACUGUGCCACCAUUCGAAAGAUUAAACCAAUCGAUAUCGAAGACUUUAUCGUCCAAUUUUGUGACAAUCUCAUCAAAUCCUAUAACCUUCCACCAACCCAUUCCAUUUUUGAAGUUCCAACCACUCACCUCAUCCACCAACUCACCAAACGUACCGUAUACCCACGCAUAUACUCUCUUGUCAAGAUUGUUCUCAGUAAAUGUGGAACCAUCAUCAAAUUUGAUUCGGAAUUUUCAAACAAAGUAUCUCAACUUGGUAACAAAUCAAUUCAAGAACUUUCUUUAGUUCCAACUAAUUUCCCUGAAGAAUAUAAUUGGGAAAAUAAUAAUCCAUUUGAAGAGGCAGUUGCAAUUAUUAAUGAUUUAAUGUUCCAUGUUGUACCAACCGAUAUUGUUAGUACGAUUCAACGAUGCAUUGCAUCACUUCACAAGGUAUCUAUUGGAAUCAUGGAAAGUUGUAAAGUUCAACCAAAAGACAACGCCUUUUCAAGAGCCGUUCGUAAUGGAACCUUUUUAAAGGUUGCUCCUUCAUUCCUAUCGGCCACCACUGGGAGUCAGUUCCGAUCAUCACCAGAUAUUGUCGACGAAGAUGGCGCCAGUGUUGAUACUUUAGCUAGUAGCUCAACCAUGAGCGCCGACGACUUAUUCCCACUCUUUAUCUAUGUCCUCAUCAAAUCCGAUAUUGUCGGUUACUCUUCUCUCAUCAUCUCUAUCCUAGAAAACUUUUCAUCAGAGUUGGAAACCACCGGUGAAUAUGGUUGGUGUGCAGUCUCUUUCCAAGCCGCCAUUUCUCAUUUAACAAAUAAUUAUUAA